AUGCCCCUCUCUACCCUCCGCGAGUCGAUCCAGGCCGAGGCCGGGGUGGCGCCUGCUGCCCAGCAAAUCUACCACAACGGCCGAGCUCUGACAGAGGAUACCAAGACGAUGGAACAGCUGCAAAUCAACGAUGGUGACAUGCUGGCUGUUCACGUGCGAGAGAAGCGGUCGAACCCCAACCCGCAGGCGCAGGCUUCUCGACAGGCGCCGCCUCAACCCCAAGCCCAGGCCAGUGCGGGGACAAAUGACCCGGAGAUGAUUCGUUUGCAGGUCCUCGGUGACCCGAACUUGCGGCAGCAGCUUCAGCGCCAACACCCAGAGCUGGCGGCCGCCGUGGAUGACCCUGCUCGGUUUGCGGGCAUACUCCGUGACAGCCAGGACCGUGAGCGGAGAGAGCGCCUGGAAAGACAACGACAGAUUGAGCAACUGAAUGAGGAUCCAUUUAAUGUCGAAAAUCAGAGGAGGAUUGAGGAGAUGAUCCGCCAAGAGCGCGUCAUGGAGAACUUGCAGAAUGCCAUGGAACAUAAUCCGGAAGUCUUUGGAAGGGUACACAUGCUGUACGUAAAUGUCGAGGUCAACGGGCACAAGGUCAAGGCGUUUGUGGACUCUGGCGCGCAGGCGACGAUAAUGUCGCCCUCGUGCGCCGAGGCCUGCGGCAUCAUGCGCCUCGUCGACACGCGCUUCGCCGGCGUUGCCCGCGGCGUCGGCACGGCCAACAUCAUCGGCCGCGUGCACUCGGCCCAGAUCAAGAUUGGUGCCAUGCAUCUGCCCUGCAGCUUCACUGUUAUGGAAGGCAAGGGAAUGGACCUUCUGCUCGGCCUCGACAUGCUGAAGCGGUACCAGGCCACCAUCGACCUGGCCAAGGACAAGCUGGUCAUCCAGGGCGAGGAGAUCCCCUUCCUUGGCGAGGCUGAGAUCCCCAAGGAAGAGGAUGCUAGCCAGAACGAGCCCACCAUUCCCGGCCCUGCGGGGACUACCAUCGGGCAGAGAUCCGGCGCCAUCGAGCCUCCUAGUGCAGGCCCCUCUUCUGCGCCCACCGCCGGCGGCGCUGUGCCGUCAACGAGUGUCGCAACGACGGGUGCUGCCCCUGCGCCCAUCGCCCCAACACCUACCGCCCCCGAGCCAACCCCGGCGGUCGCCCAGCCAACGGCUUCGGGACCGGCCAUCCUGCCGCAACACAUCGAGACGCUGAUGGGCAUGGGCGCCACGCGGGAGCAGGCGGUCCAGGCACUGCAGGCCGCCGAGGGCAACGUGGACGUCGCUGCCGGCAUCAUCUUCUUCUAG